UGCUCAUCAUUUUUCUGAUUUAGCAAUGUUGAAAGGAAGAUUAUAAGCUUAAGAUUUUGAUACAAAAGAUAAAGACAAAGAUAUUUGUAUGAAUUUUAUUUUACAUGCUGCAGAUGUAUCAAAUCCUUUUAAGCCAUGGGAAAUAAGUAUUUUAUGGACAGAAAAAGUUUUGAAUGAAUUUUGGUGUUAAGGAGAUUAAGAAAAAGAGUUAAAUUUACCUGUAAGUUAUUUAUGUGAUAGAUAUACUACUAAUACUGCUAAAUGUUAGAUUGGAUUUAUAGACUUUGUAGUUUUUCCUUUGUAUUCUUCUAUAAAGUUAUUUUUGCCUAAACUAGAUAUUUCUAUUUUAGUAUACUAACAAAAAGAAAUGGACUGA